AUGGCCAACAAGUCCGAGUUUGCGCCUGGCGAGGAAACCACGCCGCAGACCUUGGGCGAUGAUGAGGCUCAAGUUCAGACUCACACGGCCGAGGAUGAGAAGAGGCUCGUGAUGAAGCUGGACUUUUACAUCAUCCCCCUCGUCAUGGUUCUUUACCUCUUUAGUUUCCUCGACAGAGUCAACAUUGGUAAUGCGAGGUUGUACGGUCUCGAAGAGGACCUGAACCUCUCUUCGGAGCAGUUUCAGGUUGCCGUGUCCAUCCUGUUUGUCACGUAUCUGCUCUUCGAGGUUCCUUCCAACCUUGUCUUGAAGCUUUUUACUCCUCGGCGUUGGAUCGCUUUCAUCGCUGCCGCGUGGGGUCUCAUCGCCACUCUCAUGGGUCUGGUUAACUCAUAUGGCGCUCUCAUUGCUUGCCGUCUUUUGCUCGGAGCUGUCGAGGCCGGCCUGUUCCCUGGCUUGACUGUUUACCUGACCUUCUUUUACACCAAGCAAGAACUCGCCCUGCGUGUGGGAUACCUCUUCGUCAGUGCCGCCGUCGCAGGUGCCCUCGGUGGUCUGCUGGCGUAUGGCAUCGGCCACAUGGACGGUCUGCACGGCAUGAGCGGAUGGCGCUGGAUCAUGAUCAUUGAGGGCAUCCCGAGUUUCCUGGUCGGCAUCGUGACGUACUUUGCGUUGCCCAACGAUGCUGAGACGGCCUACUUCCUCGACGACAAGGAGAGGAAGCUGAUGCGAGUGAGGCAUGCGCGUGAGUACGGAAACACAGAGUCCAGCCGCGAGUUUAGCAAGGCGGAUAUGCUCUGCGCUUUCAAGGACUGGAAGGUGUGGGCGUUUUGUGUUGCGCAGUUUGGUGUUGACACCAUGCUGUACGGCUUCUCGACUUUCCUCCCCACCAUCAUCAAGGAUCUUGGUGACUGGACGGUUGCAGAGACUCAGCUCCUCACGGUGCCGUGCUACUUCCUCGGCGCGGCUGCAUAUAUGACGACGGCCUAUCUCUCGGACCGUAUGCAGCGCCGUGGACUGUUCUGCGUCAUCUUCGGCCUCAUCAGCGUUGUUGGAUACGCAGUGUUGUUGGCAGACGUGGCCUCGGGUGUUCACUACUUUGGAUGCUUCCUCGUUGCGGGUGGACUGUAUGUUGUUGUUGGUCUGCCACUGGCUUGGUUGCCGACAAACUCGCCACGGUAUGGAAAGCGUACGACUGGUACGGGUAUGCAGUUGACCUGGGGCAAUGCGGCGGGCAUCAUGUCUGCUUUUAUCUACCCUGCCAAGGACAAGCCCCGUUACACUCGCGGUCACGCCGUGACGCUCAGCAUGGUGGCUCUCGGAACCAUCAUCUACGGAUUCCUCUGGUGGUGGUACAAGCGGGUGAACGAGCAGCGACAGGCUGGUGUAAUGAAGGAGAAGCAUCAAAACAUGCGUGAAGAUGAGCUGGCAGAGCUUGGAGACGAGAGUCCGCGCUACAGGUAUACCAUUUGA